GUGCCCUGGAUGACUUUGAGAAGGCCCGGCCCGGCCCCCCCGCCCCCCCCCCACCUCCCCACGUUCCUGGAGACCCCAACACCACUGAGAAGCCCCCUGGUGCCGCAGCGCAGGAGUCGCUGUUCGCCUCGCAGGAGCGCUUCUUCCAGGAGCUCUUUGAUGGCGAAUUGGCCUCGCAGGCGUCCGCUGAGUUUGAGCGCGCCAUGAAGGAGCUGGCGGAGGAGGAGCCGCAUCUGGUGGAGCAGUUCCAGAAGCUGUCGGAGGCGGCGGGGAGAGUGGGCAGCGACGCUGCGUCCCAGCAGGAAUUCACCUCGUGUCUGAAGGAGACGCUGAGCGGCCUGGCCCGGAACGCCACCGACCUGCAGGGCUCGGCAGCAUCAGAGGAGGAUCUGGCGAAGGCCAUGGAAGGGCUGGGGCUGGAGGAGGGCAGCGGGGAGGGCGGCGUGCUGCCCGUGGUGCAGAGCGUGCUGCAGCACCUGCUGAGCCGUGAUGUGCUCUACCCCUCGCUCAAGGAGAUCACUGACAAGUACCCCGAGUGGCUGCAGCGGCACCGGGCGGCGCUGCCGGAGGAGCAGUACGAGCGUUACCGGGCGCAGCACGGCGUCAUGAGCCGCAUCUGCCAGCAGCUGGAGGCCGAGCGACCCGAGGACAGCGAGGGGGACAGGAGGGCGCGCUUCGAGGCCGUGCUGGAGCUGAUGCAGCAGCUGCAGGAGCUGGGGCACCCGCCCAAGGAGCUGGCUGGCGAGGCGCCCCCUGGCUUCAACCUGGACCUGGAGGGGCUGACUCUGCCCGAGGCCACCGGCGAGCAGUGCCUGGUGAUGUGACAGCGACGUCCCCUCCCCGCUGCUGAGCGUUGAGGCCAGCCCCCCGGCUCGUUAAUUAGGGUCAUUAACGCCCGAUGUGAGGAUGAUGAGGACGAAGGAGAGGCGCGCGGCUGCGUGGGACGCGGAGCGGCGCUGGGUGCGGCGCUGGGUGCGGUGUCCCCGAUGUCCCCCGAUGUCCCCGUGGGGAUGGGACGUCACUUAGAGGGCAGGAGGAGUCGGGUGCCGGGCUGGGGGGGACGUUGCUGUUCCCAACCCCACAGCGCUGUCCCCAUGCGUGGGGACGAACCGCAGGCGGUGAGCGGCCGCCACGGCCCCAAUAAAGGUGACGGCAAUCGCGGCAGGGCCGCAUGGCGGAGCUCCUGGGACCCUGCAGUCACACGGGGGGACCCUACAGCGACAUCGGGGGGGACGCGACCCUACAAUAACACAACAAGGGUCGUGGGGUGACCCUACAUCACAUAAGGGGGGCCGUGACCCUACAGUGACACAAUGGGGGUCACACAAUACAAUAUGUGGGUCAUACGAUGCGAUAACACGGGGUGACCCCACAAUAACAUGGCAGGGGGACACGUGACCCUACAGUGACACGGGGUGACCCUACAAGAACAUGGGAUGAUGUUGUGAUAAUGGGGGAGGUCAUGGGGUGACCCUAUAAUAACAUAAGGGAGGACAGGGCUCUACAGUAACACAAGGGUCAUGGGGUGACCCUACAAUGAUGCAGGUGGGGAAUGUGACCCUACAAAACCAUGGGGUGACCCUACAAUAACACGGUAGGGGGACACAUGACCCUACAGUGACACGGGGUGACCCUACAAUAACAUGGGAUGAUGUUAUGAUAGUGGGGGAGGUCAUGGGGUCACCCUAAUAUAACAUAGGGGAGGACAGGACUCUACAGUAACACAAGGGUCAUGGGGUGACCCUACAAUAACACAUGGAGGGGGGCUCUACACUAACAUGGGGUGACCCUACAAUAACACCAUGGGGAGCCGAUGUGACCCUACAACGGCACUGGGUGAUCCUACAGGAAUGUGGGAUGGUCUUGUGAUCAUGGGGGAGGUUAUGGGGUGACCCUACAAUGACAUAAGGAGGCCCAUGGGGCGGCCCUGUGAUAACACAGGUGGUGGAUGUGACCCUACAAGAACAUGGGAUGAUCUUAUGAUAAUGGGGGAGGCCAUGGGGUGACCCUACAGUGACAGAUGGGGGGACGUGAUCCUACAGUAACACAGCAAGGGUCAUGGGGUGACCCUAUAAUAACAUAAGGGAGGACAGGGCUCUACAGUAACACAAAGGUCAUGGGGUGACCCUACAAUAACACGGGAGGAGGGCUUUAUGAUUCUAUGACCCUACAGUAACACCAUGGGGAGCCGAUGUGACCCUACAAUGGCGCAGGGUGAUCCUACAGGAAUGUGGGAUGGUCUUGUGAUCAUGGGGGAGGUUAUGGGGUGACCCUACAAUAACACAUGGAGGGCCAGGGGUGACCCUACAGUAAUGCAAUGAGGGUCAUGGGAUGACCCUACAAUGAUGCAGGUGGGGAAUGUGACCCUACAAAACCAUGGGGUGACCCUACAAUAACACGGUAGGGGGACACAUGACCCUACAGUGACACAGGGUGACCCUACAAGAACAUGGGAUGAUGUUAUGAUAGUGGGGGAGGUCAUGGGGUCACCCUAAUAUAACAUAGGGGAGGACAGAACUCUACAGUAACACAAAGGUUAUGGGGUGGCCCUACAAUUACAUGGGAGGGGGGCUCUACACUAACAUGGGGUGACCCUACAGUAACACCAUGGGGAGCAGACGUGACCCUACAAUGGCACAGGGUGAUCCUACAGGAACGUGGGAUGGUCUUGUGAUCAUGGGGGAGGUUGUGGGGUGACCCUACAAUGACAUAAGGAGGCCCAUGGGGUGGCCCUGUGAUAACACAAGUGGUGGAUGUGACCCUACAAGAACAAGGGAUGAUGUUAUGAUAAUGGGGGAGGCCAUGGGGUGACCCUACAGUGAUGCAGGUGGGGAAUGUGACCCUACAAAACCAUGGGGUGACCCUACAAUAACACGGUAGGGGGACACGUGACCCUACAGUGACACAGGGUGACCCUACAAUAACAUGGGAUGAUGUUAUGAUAGUGGGGGAGGUCAUGGGGUGACCCUAUAAUAACAUAAGGGAGGACAGGGCUCUACAGUAACACAAAGGUUGUGGGGUGACCCUACAAUAACACAUGGAGGGGGGCUCUACACUAACAUGGGGUGACCCUACAAUAACACCAUGGGGAGCAGACGUGACCCUACAACGGCGCAGGGUGAUCCUACAGGAAUGUGGGAUGGUCUUGUGAUCAUGGGGGAGGUUGUGGGGUGACCCUACAAUGACAUAAGGAGGCCCAUGGGGCGGCCCUGUGAUAACACAAGUGGUGGAUGUGACCCUACAAGAACAUGGGAUGAUCUUAUGAUAAUGGGGGAGGCCAUGGGGUGACCCUACAGUGACAGAUGGGGGGACGUGAUCCUACAGUAACACAGCAAGGGUUGUGGGGUGACCCUAUAAUAACAUAAGGGAGGACAGGGCUCUACAGUAACACAAAGGUCAUGGGGUGACCCUACAAUGAUGCAGGUGGGGAAUGUGACCCUACAAAACUGUGGGGUGACCCUACAAUAGCACAGUGGGGGGACACGUGACCCUACAAGAACAUGGGAUGAUGUUAUGAUAGUGGGGGAGGUAAUGGGGUGACCCUAAUAUAACAUAGGGGAGGACAGGGCUCUACAGUAACACAAGGGUCAUGGGGUGACCCUACAAUAAUGCCAUGGGGAGCUGGUGUGACCCUACAACGGCACUGGGUGGUCAUAGAGGAACGUGGGAUGGUCUUGUGAUCAUGGGGAAGGCCAUGGGGUGACCCUACAGUGACAGAAGGGGGGACGUGAUCCUACAGUAACACAACAGGGGUCAUGGGGUGACCCUAUAAUAACAUAAGGGAGGACAGGGCUCUACAGUAACACAAGGGUCAUGGGGUGACCCUACAAUGAUGCAGGUGGGGAAUGUGACCCUACAAAACCAUGGGGUGACCCUACAAUAACACGGUAGGGGGACACAUGACCCUACAGUGACACGGGGUGACCCUACAAUAACAUGGGAUGAUGUUAUGAUAGUGGGGGAGGUCAUGGGGUCACCCUAAUAUAACAUAGGGGAGGACAGGACUCUACAGUAACACAAGGGUCAUGGGGUGACCCUACAAUAACACAUGGAGGGGGGCUCUACACUAACAUGGGGUGACCCUACAAUAACACCAUGGGGAGCCGAUGUGACCCUACAACGGCACUGGGUGAUCCUACAGGAAUGUGGGAUGGUCUUGUGAUCAUGGGGGAGGUUAUGGGGUGACCCUACAAUGACAUAAGGAGGCCCAUGGGGCGGCCCUGUGAUAACACAGGUGGUGGAUGUGACCCUACAAGAACAUGGGAUGAUCUUAUGAUAAUGGGGGAGGCCAUGGGGUGACCCUACAGUGACAGAUGGGGGGACGUGAUCCUACAGUAACACAGCAAGGGUCAUGGGGUGACCCUAUAAUAACAUAAGGGAGGACAGGGCUCUACAGUAACACAAAGGUCAUGGGGUGACCCUACAAUAACACGGGAGGAGGGCUUUAUGAUUCUAUGACCCUACAGUAACACCAUGGGGAGCCGAUGUGACCCUACAAUGGCGCAGGGUGAUCCUACAGGAAUGUGGGAUGGUCUUGUGAUCAUGGGGGAGGUUAUGGGGUGACCCUACAAUAACACAUGGAGGGCCAGGGGUGACCCUACAGUAAUGCAAUGAGGGUCAUGGGAUGACCCUACAAUGAUGCAGGUGGGGAAUGUGACCCUACAAAACCAUGGGGUGACCCUACAAUAACACGGUAGGGGGACACAUGACCCUACAGUGACACAGGGUGACCCUACAAGAACAUGGGAUGAUGUUAUGAUAGUGGGGGAGGUCAUGGGGUCACCCUAAUAUAACAUAGGGGAGGACAGAACUCUACAGUAACACAAAGGUUAUGGGGUGGCCCUACAAUUACAUGGGAGGGGGGCUCUACACUAACAUGGGGUGACCCUACAGUAACACCAUGGGGAGCAGACGUGACCCUACAAUGGCACAGGGUGAUCCUACAGGAACGUGGGAUGGUCUUGUGAUCAUGGGGGAGGUUGUGGGGUGACCCUACAAUGACAUAAGGAGGCCCAUGGGGUGGCCCUGUGAUAACACAAGUGGUGGAUGUGACCCUACAAGAACAAGGGAUGAUGUUAUGAUAAUGGGGGAGGCCAUGGGGUGACCCUACAGUGAUGCAGGUGGGGAAUGUGACCCUACAAAACCAUGGGGUGACCCUACAAUAACACGGUAGGGGGACACGUGACCCUACAGUGACACAGGGUGACCCUACAAUAACAUGGGAUGAUGUUAUGAUAGUGGGGGAGGUCAUGGGGUGACCCUAUAAUAACAUAAGGGAGGACAGGGCUCUACAGUAACACAAAGGUUGUGGGGUGACCCUACAAUAACACAUGGAGGGGGGCUCUACACUAACAUGGGGUGACCCUACAAUAACACCAUGGGGAGCAGACGUGACCCUACAACGGCGCAGGGUGAUCCUACAGGAAUGUGGGAUGGUCUUGUGAUCAUGGGGGAGGUUGUGGGGUGACCCUACAAUGACAUAAGGAGGCCCAUGGGGCGGCCCUGUGAUAACACAAGUGGUGGAUGUGACCCUACAAGAACAUGGGAUGAUCUUAUGAUAAUGGGGGAGGCCAUGGGGUGACCCUACAGUGACAGAUGGGGGGACGUGAUCCUACAGUAACACAGCAAGGGUUGUGGGGUGACCCUAUAAUAACAUAAGGGAGGACAGGGCUCUACAGUAACACAAAGGUCAUGGGGUGACCCUACAAUGAUGCAGGUGGGGAAUGUGACCCUACAAAACUGUGGGGUGACCCUACAAUAGCACAGUGGGGGGACACGUGACCCUACAAGAACAUGGGAUGAUGUUAUGAUAGUGGGGGAGGUAAUGGGGUGACCCUAAUAUAACAUAGGGGAGGACAGGGCUCUACAGUAACACAAGGGUCAUGGGGUGACCCUACAAUAAUGCCAUGGGGAGCUGGUGUGACCCUACAACGGCACUGGGUGGUCAUAGAGGAACGUGGGAUGGUCUUGUGAUCAUGGGGAAGGCCAUGGGGUGACCCUACAGUGACAGAAGGGGGGACGUGAUCCUACAGUAACACAACAGGGGUCAUGGGGUGACCCUAUAAUAACAUAAGGGAGGACAGGGCUCUACAGUAACACAAGGGUCAUGGGGUGACCCUACAAUGAUGCAGGUGGGGAAUGUGACCCUACAAAACCAUGGGGUGACCCUACAAUAACACGGUAGGGGGACACAUGACCCUACAGUGACACGGGGUGACCCUACAAUAACAUGGGAUGAUGUUAUGAUAGUGGGGGAGGUCAUGGGGUCACCCUAAUAUAACAUAGGGGAGGACAGGACUCUACAGUAACACAAGGGUCAUGGGGUGACCCUACAAUAACACAUGGAGGGGGGCUCUACACUAACAUGGGGUGACCCUACAAUAACACCAUGGGGAGCCGAUGUGACCCUACAACGGCACUGGGUGAUCCUACAGGAAUGUGGGAUGGUCUUGUGAUCAUGGGGGAGGUUAUGGGGUGACCCUACAAUGACAUAAGGAGGCCCAUGGGGCGGCCCUGUGAUAACACAGGUGGUGGAUGUGACCCUACAAGAACAUGGGAUGAUCUUAUGAUAAUGGGGGAGGCCAUGGGGUGACCCUACAGUGACAGAUGGGGGGACGUGAUCCUACAGUAACACAGCAAGGGUCAUGGGGUGACCCUAUAAUAACAUAAGGGAGGACAGGGCUCUACAGUAACACAAAGGUCAUGGGGUGACCCUACAAUAACACGGGAGGAGGGCUUUAUGAUUCUAUGACCCUACAGUAACACCAUGGGGAGCCGAUGUGACCCUACAAUGGCGCAGGGUGAUCCUACAGGAAUGUGGGAUGGUCUUGUGAUCAUGGGGGAGGUUAUGGGGUGACCCUACAAUAACACAUGGAGGGCCAGGGGUGACCCUACAGUAAUGCAAUGAGGGUCAUGGGAUGACCCUACAAUGAUGCAGGUGGGGAAUGUGACCCUACAAAACCAUGGGGUGACCCUACAAUAACACGGUAGGGGGACACAUGACCCUACAGUGACACAGGGUGACCCUACAAGAACAUGGGAUGAUGUUAUGAUAGUGGGGGAGGUCAUGGGGUCACCCUAAUAUAACAUAGGGGAGGACAGAACUCUACAGUAACACAAAGGUUAUGGGGUGGCCCUACAAUUACAUGGGAGGGGGGCUCUACACUAACAUGGGGUGACCCUACAGUAACACCAUGGGGAGCAGACGUGACCCUACAAUGGCACAGGGUGAUCCUACAGGAACGUGGGAUGGUCUUGUGAUCAUGGGGGAGGUUGUGGGGUGACCCUACAAUGACAUAAGGAGGCCCAUGGGGUGGCCCUGUGAUAACACAAGUGGUGGAUGUGACCCUACAAGAACAAGGGAUGAUGUUAUGAUAAUGGGGGAGGCCAUGGGGUGACCCUACAGUGAUGCAGGUGGGGAAUGUGACCCUACAAAACCAUGGGGUGACCCUACAAUAACACGGUAGGGGGACACGUGACCCUACAGUGACACAGGGUGACCCUACAAUAACAUGGGAUGAUGUUAUGAUAGUGGGGGAGGUCAUGGGGUGACCCUAUAAUAACAUAAGGGAGGACAGGGCUCUACAGUAACACAAAGGUUGUGGGGUGACCCUACAAUAACACAUGGAGGGGGGCUCUACACUAACAUGGGGUGACCCUACAAUAACACCAUGGGGAGCAGACGUGACCCUACAACGGCGCAGGGUGAUCCUACAGGAAUGUGGGAUGGUCUUGUGAUCAUGGGGGAGGUUGUGGGGUGACCCUACAAUGACAUAAGGAGGCCCAUGGGGCGGCCCUGUGAUAACACAAGUGGUGGAUGUGACCCUACAAGAACAUGGGAUGAUCUUAUGAUAAUGGGGGAGGCCAUGGGGUGACCCUACAGUGACAGAUGGGGGGACGUGAUCCUACAGUAACACAGCAAGGGUUGUGGGGUGACCCUAUAAUAACAUAAGGGAGGACAGGGCUCUACAGUAACACAAAGGUCAUGGGGUGACCCUACAAUGAUGCAGGUGGGGAAUGUGACCCUACAAAACUGUGGGGUGACCCUACAAUAGCACAGUGGGGGGACACGUGACCCUACAAGAACAUGGGAUGAUGUUAUGAUAGUGGGGGAGGUAAUGGGGUGACCCUAAUAUAACAUAGGGGAGGACAGGGCUCUACAGUAACACAAGGGUCAUGGGGUGACCCUACAAUAAUGCCAUGGGGAGCUGGUGUGACCCUACAACGGCACUGGGUGGUCAUAGAGGAACGUGGGAUGGUCUUGUGAUCAUGGGGAAGGCCAUGGGGUGACCCUACAGUGACAGAAGGGGGGACGUGAUCCUACAGUAACACAACAGGGGUCAUGGGGUGACCCUAUAAUAACAUAAGGGAGGACAGGGCUCUACAGUAACACAAGGGUCAUGGGGUGACCCUACAAUGAUGCAGGUGGGGAAUGUGACCCUACAAAACCAUGGGGUGACCCUACAAUAACACGGUAGGGGGACACAUGACCCUAUAGUGACACAGGGUGACCCUACAAGAACAUGGGAUGAUGUUAUGAUAGUGGGGGAGGUCAUGGGGUCACCCUAAUAUAACAUAGGGGAGGACAGAACUCUACAGUAACACAAGGGUCAUGGGGUGACCCUACAAUUACAAAUGGAGGGGGGCUCUACACUAACAUGGGGUGACCCUACAGUAACACCAUGGGGAGCAGACGUGACCCUACAACGGCACUGGGUGAUCCUACAGGAAUGUGGGAUGGUCUUGUGAUCAUGGGGGAGGUUGUGGGGUGACCCUACAAUGACAUAAGGAGGCCCAAGGGGUGGCCCUGUGAUAACACAAGUGGUGGAUGUGACCCUACAAGAACAUGGGAUGAUCUUGUGAUCAUGGGGGAGGCCAUGGGGUGACCCUACAGUGAUGCAGGUGGGGAAUGUGACCCUACAGAACUGUGGGGUGACCCUACAAUAACAUGGUAGGGGGACACGUGACCCUACAGUGACACGGGGUGACCCUACAAUAACAUGGGAUGAUGUUAUGAUAGUGGGGGAGGUCAUGGGGUGACCCUACAAUAACACAUGGAGGGCCAGGGGUGACCCUACAGUAACGCAAUGAGGGUCAUGGGAUGACCCUACAAUGAUGCAGGUGGGGAAUGUGACCCUACAAAACCGUGGGGUGACCCUACAGUGACACGGUAGGGGGACACGUGACCCUACAAUGACACGGGGUGACCCUACAAGAACAUGGGAUGAUGUUAUGAUAAUGGGGGAGGUCAUGGGAUGACCCUACAAUAACACAAGGAGGGACAGGGAGUGACCCUACAGUAACAAGGAGACCUGUGGGGCGGCCCUAUGGUAACACAGUUGGUGGAUGUGACCCUACAGUAACACAGCAGGGGAGUGGGACCCUACAGUAACAUGGGGUGACCCUAUAAUGACAUGAGGUGACCCUACAAAAACAUGGGGGACCCUACAAUGACACAGGUGGGGAUUGAGACCUUACAAUAACAUGGGGUGACCCUAUAAUGACAUGAGGUGACCCUACAAUAACACAGGUGGGGAUUACGACCCUACAGUAACACAGCAAGGGAAUGGGACCCUACAAUGACAUGGGGUGACCCUAUAAUGACAUGGGGUGACCCUGCAAUAACACAAGCAGGGGAACGGGACCCUACAGUAACACAAGUGGGGAUUGAGACCCUACAAAAACAUGGGGGACCCUACAAUAACACAGGUGGGGAAUAUGACCCUACAGUAACACAGCAGGGGAGUGGGACCCUACAAUAACAUGGGGCGACCCUACAAUAACAUGGGGGACCCUACAGUAACACAGGUGGGGAUUAUGACCCUACAGUAACACAGCAAAUGAAUGGGACCCUACAAUAACAUGGGGUGACCCUAUAAUGACAUGGGGUGACCCUGCAAUAACACAAGCAGGGGAACGGGACCCUACAAUAGCACAGGUGGGGAUUGAGACCCUACAAUAACGUGGGGGACCCUACAGUAACACAGGUGGGGAUUGAGACCCUACAAUAACGUGGGGGACCCUACAGUAACACAAGUGGGGAUUGAGACCCUACAGUAACAUGGGGGACCCUACAGUAACACAGGUGGGGAUUGAGACCCUACAAUAACAUGGGGGACCCUACAGUAACACAGGUAGGAAAUAUGACCCUACAGUAGCACAGCAAGGGAACGGGACCCUGCAAUGACACAGGUGGGGAUUGAGACCCUACAAUAACAUGGGGGACCCUACAAUAACACAGGUGGGGAUUGAGACCCUACAAAAACAUGGGGGACCCUACAAUGACACAGGUAGGGAAUAUGACCCUACAGUAACACAGCAAGGGAAUGGGACCCUACAAUGACAUGGGGUGACCCUAUAAUGACAUGGGGUGACCCUGCAAUAACACAAGCAGGGGAACGGGACCCUACAGUAACACAGGUGGGGGUUGAGGCCCUACAAUAACGUGGGGGACCCCACAAAAACAUGGGGGACCCUACAGUAACACAGGUGGGGAUUGAGACCCUACAAUAACAUGGGGGACCCUACAAUAACACAGGUGGGGAUUGAGACCCUACAAUAACAUGGAGGACCCUACAAUAACAAAUGUGGGGAUUGAGACCCUACAAUAACAUGGGGGACCCUACAAUAACACAGGUGGGGGUUGAGACCCUACAAUAACAUGGGGGACCCUACAAUAACACAGGUGGGGAUUGAGACCCUACAAUAACGUGGGGGACCCUACAAUAACACAGGUGGGGGUUGAGACCCUACAAUAACAUGGGGGACCCUACAAUAACACAGGUGGGGAAUAUGACCCUACAGUAACACAGCAAGGGAAUGGGACCCUACAAUAACAUGGGGUGACCCUACAAUAACAUGGGGGACCCUACAAUAACACAGGUGGGGAUUAUGACCCUACAGGAACACAGCAGGGGAAUGGGACCCUACAAUGACAUGGGGUGACCCUAUAAUGACAUGGGGUGACCCUGCAAUAACACAAGCAGGGGAACGGGACCCUACAGUAACACAAGUGGGGAUUGAGACCCUACAAAAACAUGGGGGACCCUACAAUAACACAGGUGGGGAAUAUGACCCUACAGUAACACAGCAAGGGAAUGGGACCCUACAAUGACAUGGGGUGACCCUAUAAUGACAUGGGGUGACCCUGCAAUAACACAAGCAGGGGAACGGGACCCUACAGUAACACAAGUGGGGAUUGAGACCCUACAAAAACAUGGGGGACCCUACAAUGACACAGGUAGGGAAUAUGACCCUACAGUAACACAGCAAGGGAAUGGGACCCUACAAUGACAUGGGGUGACCCUAUAAUGACAUGGGGUGACCCUGCAAUAACACAAGCAGGGGAACGGGACCCUACAGUAACACAAGUGGGGAUUGAGACCCUACAAAAACAUGGGGGACCCUACAGUAACACAGGUGGGGAAUAUGACCCUACAGUAACACAAGUGAGGAUUGAGACCCUACAAAAACAUGGGGGACCCUACAGUAACACAGCAAGGGAAUGGGACCCUACAAUAACAUGGGGCGACCCUACAAUAACAUGGGGGACCCUACAAUAACACAGGUGGGGAUUAUGACCCUACAGGAACACAGCAGGGGAAUGGGACCCUACAAUGACAUGGGGUGACCCUACAAUGACACAAGCAGGGGAACGGGACC